AUGUACUUCAUAAUCGCUAUUUUAAUUUCAGAUACUACAUCGACUUAUUUGACAUACGAAAAUCCGCUCCAACGUAGUAUUUCGUUCUGCGCUUUCUCUCAUUGCGGAGAAUACUUUGGAUUCGUUGAAAAUCGGCGUCACGUCUGCGUAUAUCAAACCUCCGAACUCCUAGAGUACUCGAGUGAUGGGCCUAUCAGCGGCGUUGUCCACUCUAAUGGUGAGUCCCCUUGGCACUGGAACGGUGUGCCAGUAGACCUAGCGCCUGCUAUCACCAUCGAAGCCAAUGGCGAUGUGGACGUGAAUUUCAUUGUCUUUGGUGACGGCGACAUCAGUAAGUGUCGUCUGCCACACCGCUUGAUAAAGCGCUCCUCCGUUGUCACCAGGCGCCCCGAUCGGGUCUGCGUCAUCGCAGUGGCUAAAUCAAACGGCUACAUCGAUGUGUACAACCUUAAUCUUCUCAAGGAACAUUACUCCCCCAUCCUCCAGAAAAUGGUGCUCUUUGACGGCAGUCAAUCCAUUCUGCACCUCGCCAUGUCCAUGGAGGGCGCCCUACGCCUCGCCUCAACCAGUUGUGAGGGCGUGGUGAAAUUGUGGGACAUCUGGGACGAUGGAAACAUGUACGCCACUCUCACCUCGCCAACCGCUGUCACCUUUCCCUCUACGGAGGAGCCCAAUAAUGCGGAGGUAGCAUGGCCCUACAAUCACGAGGGCACCAUCACGGCUUGGCAUCCCCACGAAGGUCAUCUUUUUCUCGGCGGAAAACAGGGUCAUGGUUUGGUGCUGGAGGAUGAACGCCCCUAUCGUUGUCUUCGUCUGGUGCGCCACUAUCAUAUGAUUUCAGGAGCCGCCUAUAGUCGAGAUGGUGAUUUCCUCCUCACCGCUUCUUUCGAUGGAAUCUGUACUCUGUGGUCUGUGCCGACGUACGCUCCCGUUCACGACUAUUCGCAUAUGCCGGUGCCGUGGAACAUGCGACUUCUUGGAGGUGCCAAUGACUUCCACAUCACCAGUCUUGCUCUCUCACCCGAUUCCGAGUCCUUCGCCACCUUUUGUGAAGACGGAAAAUUGCAUAUUUGGUCAAUCUCGCCCCUCCUGGAAUCCCGCGUUCUGGCACAAUGGCAAGAAUUGAACCGCCGAUCACUUCGUGAACGAAGCCUCGUCUUUAGUCCCUGCGGUCGCCUCUUAGCUUGCUCCCUCGGUGACAGACGCCUCCAGCUGUGGAGCCAGACGCCAUUCGUGCAAAGCAGUUUAGUGGAACUUUGCGUGGCGAGCAUUCGGCGCCACGUGGUGUCGAGUCUCCUCACCACCUCCAUGACUCGUAAACGCCAUGUUCAGGAGACGACGUUUGCAGCUCUCGCCGCACUGCCGCUGCCAAAGCCUCUACGCCUCCUCCUCUGUCACGGCUUAAAGGCCUGUGUUACGGUUUGA